AUGGACGUCACAUUCAUCACAAUCCACGGCAAGUCGUACCCGGGACCUCCUCCCCUGCUGCUGCCGCUGUCGUUGGCUAUAGCAGAUAGCAGAGUGGGCGAGGAUUUGUCUCGUGACGCCUCGAUUCUGUACGCCUCCGACAGCAUUCAGGUAGUACUCGGGUUCCAACCACUGGAGGUACUCAAUCGCUCGGCUUGGGAUUACUUCCACCCGCAGGAGUUACAAUUCGCCCGCAGUGUCCAUGGGCGCGGCGUUAGGCUCGACAAGGCGGCCGUCCUCAACUACUGCUCCAUUCGCCACAAGAAUGGAUCGUGGGUUGGGUGUGAAUGUGUCUUCACGGUGGUUUACGACGUCUUGAUCGCAAGUACCACAGUCUACGGUCGGGGGAGAGGGAGUCAAAAGCGUGCUAUCGACGCCCCAAUUGUUCGCCAGCUCUUCGACUCCUCUCCCAAUGACCCUCGCUACCACAUGCUUACAUGGAUAUCGGACAAAUUCUCGCGACGCCUUGUAGAGCCGCUUCAUGAACCACGCGCGGCCCUUUUCGUCAAUCGCUUUACUAGAACGGCGACUAUCAUGUACGCCACUAGUGGCGUGACAGAGAUUCUCGGACUGAGCCCGCACCAGCUCAUCUCCAAAAGCUUCUUCUACUGUAUACAAGAAAGAUGCUUACGGGAUGCGGUACGGUGUCUUGAAAGUGCCAAGGCAAACGAUUCGAUCGCAUAUCUGCGGUUCUGGUUCCGCAACCCAUUGCUGGACGACGACGUAGAUACGGACAUGAGUGGAUACAGCAGUCCGGCUUUCGGUAUCGCGACGGAUCCAUUUGCCAGGGCGCCGCCUCCUAUUGAGCUGGAAGCGGUUGUCUCGUGUACUUCAGAUGGAUUGGUUGUCAUUCUUCGUCGUGCUCGAGCUCCCAUCCCCAGCGCCACCCUUCCACCUCAACCGGUCCCUGUCUAUUCCAACGGCAUCUUCGCGGCGCCGUGGGCUUUAGAGCCUGUAUAUGCCUAUGGAACGGCAACUUAUCCCCACGAUAACAUUCAAAACCCGGCAUAUCCAGAGGCAAAGGAUAGUCUCUGUAGAGAGAACGAGGUUCCUUCACUAGGCCAAACAACUACGCCAGCAUCGAGUUUACAGGGCUCAUCGAACCAAUCUUACCCGGCUACGGCGAAAGACGCUGCGGCUGGUGGUCCGCAGAACAAUCUCCUUAUGGACACGAUUCGCGAUGUGGCCGUCUUUGCGUGGGGUAUCAUCGGUAUCAAUCGGUCUUUGGAGCAGCAUAAAUAUGGAUCGCCGUCGGGCAAUGCGCAUCCCGAUGCGAUGGUUGAUGAUAGUUGGGACAAUGAUGCCGCGGCUGGCCGUGGCUAG